CUUAAUUUUGAAAACAAAACGUUACUUAAAUGAAGAAAAGAAAAAAAUCGUAAAGAAAAAUAAUAAAAUAAAAAGUGUUUUAAAAGAAAAACUAAUAAAAAAACCGCAAAAAAAUAAAGAAAAACUCAAAGUGUUUUUAAGCCAAUUAAGAGAAAAAUUCAAACUAUUUUUAACUAAAAUACACAAGAAAAUAAAAAUAAAGUAUAGUAGAAACAAACCCCCGAUGGCAACAUUAGCAAUAGAACAAAUAAACGCCCACAACGCCAGCGCCACGACGACCACAGAGCCCAUUAAGAUACCCCUCAAUAACGAAGAACGUUUAUCUACACAAUUGUCUACGGGAUCGGCCGACAGUGCCUGUUGUGUGGUUAAUAAUGGCCAUUCAACCACAAAUUCCACAGUCUAUUUGACCAGCAGCAGCUGCAGUCAACAGAAUAAAAAAGAUUCUACCCAAUCUUUAAAUAUACGCAGUGCCUCCUUGAGUUUACAUGCUGGUGUGGGUCAUGCUAAAUCCCAAUUGCAUAAAUUGAAACAGCCAGCCUAUAGGCAAUUACUUUCACAAGAUAGUGGCAUAGAUAAUGAUCGUGAUUCGGCUAUAGGCUCUCAGCAGCAACUUAAAUCGGCUCAAUGUUCUAGCUCGAGCAGUGAGUCUAUAGGCGCUAAUUCCUCAGGGGAUUUAUCGCAAUCUAAAUACUCAGAAGAUAAUUUAGAUACCGAAUCGUCGUCGGGUUAUUCGGGUAGUACACAUAAUUUUGGUGCCACUCGACGCAUUAAGUAUAAAUCCUGUAAUAGUUCUACGACUUUAGGAUGUUUGGGUCUAGAAGAUCGUAUAGAUGAGGUAGAAGAUCUACAUGAUGAUGAGGAUGAUGAUGAUGAAGAAGAUGUUGAUGCCGAGGAAGAGGAAGAUAACUCUGUUGAAGAUGAUGAGGAAGAAGAAGAAGAGGAGGAGGAAGAAGAUGCUAAUGAUAGUGGUUUACAAAUGUCCUUACUUCCCCAUAAGGACUUGAAAGAAACUAAACAUUCUACAUCAUUACAAAAUCCCGAUAAACUUCAGCAUCAUCCAAAAACCUCGGCUUUAGCCUUAAAAGUUACCACUAAAACACAACCCCCAACAAAAACUGCUUCAUCUACUUCUACAUCUGGCACCACUAACAGCAACCAUCAUAAAGAACAAGUUUUAGCCACCGAUGGCAAUUACUAUUUCCCUCUACUCAAUAUCUCCGAUGAUCCCACAAUCAAUCCAAAACUCAUCAAUAAAAGAGAUGGUCUACAGGAUUGUAUGUAUUAUUUGGAUGAAUUUGGUAGUCCAAAAUUGCGUGAGAAAUAUGCUCGCAAACAAAAACAAAAAGAACUUAAACAACAUGCAAAAGCUUUGAAGAAAAAGGCUGAAGAAGAAUCUUCUAAACAGAAAUCCAAAAAUUCAUCUGAAACUCACUGUGAUACUAAAGAAAAUAAUAGUAAAAUUAACAAUAAUAAUAAUAGUAAUUUAAGUUAUGCUAAGAAAUCAGCGAAAAUUAGUUGUAAGGAUAAUCCAACAGAUGAAGCCGAAAUUGCCGAGGAGGUGGAAGAAGUACAGCAGCAGCAACAACAUAAGCAUACACCUCAUACUACACCUUCGUGUGUUAGUUGGACUAAAGUUGUUCAAAAAUUUAAGAAUAUCAUAGGCAGAGAUGGUUCAAAAAUCACCACAGUUGUUGCCACACCUGGCCAAGGUACCGAUCGUGUACAAGAAGUUUCCUACACAGAUACAAAGGUGAUUGGCAAUGGCAGUUUUGGUGUUGUCUUUCAGGCAAAAUUAUGCGAUACCGGUGAACUGGUAGCCAUUAAAAAAGUUUUACAAGACAGACGAUUUAAGAAUCGUGAAUUGCAAAUUAUGCGUAAAUUGGAACAUUGUAAUAUUGUAAAACUUUUAUAUUUUUUCUAUUCGAGUGGUGAAAAGCGUGAUGAAGUGUUUUUGAAUUUAGUACUCGAAUAUAUACCAGAAACCGUUUAUAAAGUGGCACGUCAAUAUGCUAAAACUAAGCAAACAAUACCCAUAAACUUUAUAAGGCUUUACAUGUAUCAAUUGUUUAGAAGUUUGGCUUACAUACAUUCAUUGGGUAUUUGUCAUCGUGAUAUUAAACCACAAAAUCUAUUAUUGGAUCCAGAGACCGCUGUUUUGAAAUUAUGCGAUUUUGGUAGUGCUAAACAAUUGUUGCAUGGCGAACCAAAUGUCUCAUAUAUCUGUUCACGAUAUUAUCGUGCACCCGAAUUGAUAUUUGGCGCUAUUAAUUAUACCACAAAAAUUGAUGUGUGGAGCGCCGGUUGUGUAUUAGCUGAAUUAUUGUUGGGCCAACCUAUAUUCCCCGGUGAUUCUGGUGUCGAUCAAUUGGUUGAGGUUAUUAAGGUAUUGGGCACACCCACUCGAGAACAAAUUCGCGAAAUGAAUCCCAAUUAUACGGAAUUCAAAUUUCCACAAAUUAAAAGUCAUCCAUGGCAAAAAGUUUUCCGUAUACGCACUCCACCAGAAGCUAUAAAUUUGGUAUCACAAUUAUUGGAAUAUACACCAAGUGCACGUAUAACACCAUUGAAAGCAUGUGCCCAUCCAUUCUUCGAUGAAUUGCGUCAAGAGGGUAAUCAUACAUUACCAAAUGGUCGAGAAAUGCCACCAUUAUUUAAUUUCACUGAACAUGAACUUACAAUACAACCAAGUUUAGUACCACAAUUGUUGCCAAAACAUAUGCAAAAUAGCGCACAUCGUACUGCUGGCGCUGGUGGUGAAGGUGGUGCCGCCUCUUCGGCCACAGCUGCUGCUUCUUCUUCAUCGUCAACAAAUGCCACAAGUGCUGCUGCUGCCGCUACGGCUAAUAAUACUACGCCGGGUGCUGGUGGUUCAGCGCAAGCAGCUACAGGUUAGUUUCAUAUUAUUUUUUUUC